ACUCGAUCCCCGUCCUCCGUGGAAGUGUAGUUCGAAGGGAAAAAGCACACGCACUCCCGUCUGUCUUUUGCCAAAGGUGCGGUCGCGGCCGCACUGCACAGCAUCCGGCUGCAGGCGGAGCAGUGCAAGGGUGAGGGGCGCCAUCGCCAUGGGGUCCUACCACUACACCUCCACCUCGCGGUUCUUCUUCGCCGGCGACGGCGAGGGGGAGUUCUCCAGCUACAAGGGUACCAGCACCACCAACACCCACAGGCCCACCACCGUGCGGAUCCCCGUUGCCUCCCCGGCCCCGGAGCGAUCGCCGGACGACGCGGCCGCGGCCAGGAUCCAGGCAGCGUUCCGGGGCCACCUGGUAAGGAGGCACUCCGCGGCCGUCCGCGCCGCCGACGCCGAGGCCACGCGGCUGGAGCGGCUGCUCCGGCGGCAGGAGACCGUGGACGCCGUCCGCGGCGACGAGCGCGAGAGGGCGCGGUUCUCGGAGGCGCUCAUGGCCGUGCUGCUCCGCCUCGACGCCGUCCCGGGGUACUACCCGGCCGUGCGGGAGGCGCGCCGCGCCGUGACCCGCCGCGUGGUGGGGCUGCAGGAGGUGUUCGACGCGGUGCUCGCCGCGCCCGCCGCCGACGCGUGGGGGGUCCCGGCCAGCCUGGAUCAGGUCCUCGAGGGGAUCUGGGGGUGCGCCGGUGAGACGCCGGCCGCGCCGCCGCCGGUGGUGGUGGAGGAAGAGGAGGAGGUGAGGAGGAGUCCGUACUGGAAGAGGUUUUUCGGGGGAGUGUAGCGAGUGGUAAACUGUCAAAACUCAAAAAGUAUAUGCACCUGUAUUGUUGCAGGGAAAUACUGGGACGGCAGUAUUAUACGAAGUAUAUACGAGUAUUCUGUUAGUGCAUACCAAAUACAGUGGUGGAGUAUGAAUCAUGAUGCUAUGAACAAGCUCAUGUAUAAGUUUUGAGUUUUGCCAAUCUGAACCGUUGGAGUUUGUUUUUUGUCUGCAUGUAUAAUCGGGCAAAUACCUCUUCCAGCUCUUGAAGAAUAAGGAAACAGAGUGAGAAUCAUCUGAGUGCUGGUCCUAUUUGAUUCUCACGUCAGAGACUCUACUCUGAACAAUGGCAGUUUCGUCCGGACGAAAUCAAUUAAUGAGCCCAUCAUCUUUCUCCGGCACUUCCUCCACACGUCGCCGCCGAUCUCUGCCACACUGCUCCCCUCUAUCGGCUUCGUGCUCCGGCACGUGUCUUCUCUGCACUCUACCAUGCGGCGCCGACAAUAUCAGUUCGAACGGGAUCCUAUCCUUUAGUUAGCAUGCUCUGAUAAUGUUGCAAGUUUAUUCCACCCUAAUCGUACAUUACAUAAUGUUCUGGCAAAAUUUAAGUUCCUCUGAAAGUCCUCCGGUCAGUGGUUUGUCUGGUAUUUUGUUUUGGAUGGUGGUAAUACUGUAGUACAAUAAUCAGGAGGUGGCCAGGAGAUGGGCCUAAAUCCCGGGUUCUCAGCCCAUACAAACAUUGCCCUAUUGCGGAGUUGGAUCUCUCCAACACUACUGCAAGUCUGCAACUCAACUUGCGCCUUCAGCUACGCUGCUAUCAAACACACAUGUACAUGGACUCUCUCCUCCAUUCCCUUCAGCCCUGUGCAUUUCAUUUU